AUGAACCUUUGGCGCGAGCGCAAGAAGUAUUCAAACACAACGAUCGAAAGGAUGAUGAUAGCACCACCGUUCAGCAGGGCUGACCAGCUCAAUCAGAACCCGCUGGAGCGCGCGUAUCGCCACAACGAAGAUGAAAAUAUACUUGGCGACCAUGCUGGUUUCUCGGUCCCGGGCUACAAGCACCUCGCCGUCCCGAGCUCAGAGGCACGCGACUUUCUUCACGCUGAGCUUCUGACGCCACGUUUGAACCGGCUUUACAGAUAUCUUUGGCUGGUGGCCAAACAAGACAGCACCCACGUCUCCUGCCUGACCGAGCAGGCUGUACGUGGACGACGCAUUAUCGUCACAGAGGAUCCUGAGCUGCACCUAGUCUGGUAUCACGAUCGCAUAUACAUGAAACCACUGCCGAAGUAUCUUCUGUCUUAUGACUUCUGGCAAGAAGCAUUCUACGGCCAAGCUACACCGUUCGACAACGACUCGGAGCGCCAAGAUGCCAUGGUCGCUGCGCGUGGCUUUCUGCGCAGCUACACCUAUCUGAUCCAACGACCCUCCGAUUUUGCUCUGGCAACCUCUUCGGACCACUGUUUGCUCCCCGACAUCGUGAACUUUUCUGCCUAUGUGACCUUCGCAAACAGUUGUCAGAACAACAUCUGUGACGCCGAUGUCUCACCACGGUACCAUUACGGUGAGCUUCGCUUGAGCCGACUAAAUCUCUGGUCUAAGAUAUCGCUGAACGGGCUUGCCUUUAAAAAGAUACAUCAUCAGUACAGCGACGAGAUCGCACGCUUCUAUGGGCCGUUGCUGUUCGCAUUCGCAAUAGUCAGUGUGGUUUUAAAUGCCAUGCAAGUGGUGUUGACAGCAGAGCAGGUUCUUGGUCCGGGCCAUGCUGCAAUCAUAUUCAGCCACUUCAGCUUAGUGUUCUCGAUAUUGACGCUAUGUACGGUUGCCAUGGCAACAGGAGCUUUAUGCAUGGCGAUAGUCAUCCCGUUGUUCCGUGAGCUGAUAUUUGCUGUCGGGCAUCUGAUGGGAGGGAAGCGACGAGAUGGAAAUCACGAUAGUGCGUCGGAGAAGGGGUAG